GGAGCGAUGAAUGGAAAAGAAGUGAAGAAAUAAGGGCAGGUUUUGGUGCUGAGAGGGGGGGCUGGUCAUUGUAUUGCUGGUAUCAAUUAGCAUGGUAUUGCUAAUUAAUUAAUUCUGUAAAAGUGCCUUUAUUAAUGAGCAACGCAGGCAGAUUGCUGGGGGCUGAACACAAUAGGGAAGAAUGGGGUUGGGGUCAUCCAUCCGUUUCCCUUGGUGUUUGAUUUUGGGGUUGCCCUAUAGAGGCUGCAGCUCUUAACGAGGCAGGAAGUAAUUAAGGCUGUUUAUCUUCACUGCAAUUAAACUCUCUGCCCCUCCACGUGCAGGAAGGGGAACGGCCUGGGUGGAAAUAGGGUUACCCUUCCAUUCCUCUGGGUCUUGGAGGGUGUCCUGCAUCGCUCUUAACGAGGCAGGAAGUAAUUAAGGCGGUUUUAUUUUCACUGCUCCCUUUCACCUUCCCUCCGAGCACCUGCAGGAAGGGGAACAGACUGAGUAGAAAACGAAAGCUGCUCUGUCAUUAUUGCUAUCGCCGCUAUGGAUGAAGAUAACCCAGCUGAGAGCUUCCAGGAUGAGGCUUCCUGCUCCCUCUGCUUGGGCUUCUUCCAAGAUCCCGUCUCCAUCCACUGCGGGCACAACUUCUGCAGGGCGUGCAUCACCCGCUGCUGGGAGGAAGAGGAGGAAACCUUCCCCUGCCCUCGCUGCAAGGCGACGGCCACGCAUCCAAACCUGCGACCCAACCGUGAGCUGGCCAAGAUCAUCGAGAUCGCCAAAAGGCUGAGCCUGAGGGCCCCCAACGCUGGGGAGAGGCUUUGUGAGAGGCACCGGGAGGUCCUGAAGCUGUUCUGUGAGGAGGACCAGGCUCCCAUCUGCCUGGUGUGCAGGGAGUCCCAGGCGCAUCGCCUGCACGCCGCCGUCCCCAUCGAGGAGGCGGUGGAGGAGCAGAAGGAGAAAAUCCAGGCUCACGUACAGAUCCUGAAGGAAAAGAAGGAAAAACUUCAGGGACUGAAAGAGGCUGAGGAAGGGAAAAGCCUGGAAUUCCUCGAGAAGGUCCAGCAGGAGAGGCAGAAGGUGGUGUUGGACAUCAAGGAGCUGCAGCAGUUCGUGGAGCAACAGGAGAGUCUCCUUUUGGGGCGGCUGGAAAAGCUGGACCAGGAAAUCGUAAGGAGAAAAGAGGAGAACCUGGCCAAGCUCCUGGAGGAGAUUUCCUCCAUCAGCGAGCAGAUCCGUGAGCUGGAGGAGAAAUGCCAGCAGCCACCGUGUGAAUUCCUACAGGACAGCAGGAACAUCUUGAGCAGGCUGGAGAAUGAGAAAUCCCCGAAGGUGACAGAGAUAUUGCCUGGAGCAGAAGAAAACCCAACCAGCCCUGCUCAGAAAAACACCUCCCUCAAGGAGACAUUGAUGCAGUUUCAAGAAAGUCUGACGUUGGAUCCCGACACGGCGCAUCCCCGGCUGGUCCUGUCUGAAGACCAGAAAUGUGUGCGAUGGGAAGAAGCCCGGCACCCCAUCCCUGAUAAUAACCCCAAACGCUUCGACUCGUCCCGCUGCGUCCUGGGCUGCCAAGGCUUCGAUGCUGGGCGGCACUACUGGGAGGUGGAGGUGGGAGAUGGGGAGGCGUGGGCUGUCGGAGUGGCCAAGGAGUCGGUGGAGAGGAAGGGAAGGAUCAGCGUCAAACCCGAGGUGGGGAUUUGGGCUGUGGGGCAAUGUGGGGCGCAGUAUCAGGCUCUCACGUCGCCCACCAGCCCCAUCACGCUGCUCUCUGCCCCCAAAGUGAUUGGGAUUUAUCUGGAUUACGAGGCCGGGCGAGUGGCGUUUUUCGAUGCCAACAACGAGGUGCCCAUUUUUGCCUACCCUCCCACAUCUUUUGGAGGGGAGAGGGUCCUGCCAUUGCUCUGCCUGGGGAGGGGCUGCCGCUUCACGCUGUGCCCGUGAGACCCCAUGGGGCAGCGAUGCCUCGAGCAUCACUCAGUCAAACGUGGGGAAACCAAAGGGUCUCAUCACCCCAAAUUUGGGGAAACCAAAGGGUCUCAUCACCCCAUAUCUGGGGGCACCCCAUGGUUUCAUCACCACCAGUCUUCGGUAGAUCUCAUGGCCUCAUCACCCAAAACAUGGGGAAACCAAAGGGUCUCAUCACCCCAAAUCUGGGGAGAUCUCAUGGCCUCAUCACCCUAAACAUGGGGAAACCAAAAGGUCUAAUCACCCCAAAUGUGGGGAGAUCUCAUAGUCUCAUCACCCCAGUUAUGUGGGCACCCCAUGGUUUCAUCACCUCAAGUCUUUGGUAGACAUCAUGGUCUCAUCACCCCAAAUGUGGGGAAACCAAAGGGUCUCAUCACCCCAAAUCUGGGGAAGCCAAAGGGUCUCAUCACCCUAAAUCUGGGGAGAUCUCAUGGUCUCAUCACUCCAAUUAUGUGGGCACCCCAUGGUUUCGUCACCACCAGUCUUUGGUAGACCUCAUGAUCUCAUCACCCCAAAUGUGGGGAAACCAAAGGGUCUCAUCACCUCAAAUCUGGGGAGAUCUCAUGGUCUCAUCACCCCAAUUCUGGGUGCACCCCAUGGUUUCCUCACCACCAACCUUUGGUAGACCUCAUGGUCUCAUCACCCUAAAUAUGGGGAGACCCCAGGGGCACUUCACCCCAAAUGUGGGGAAACCAAAGGGUCUCAUCACCCCAAAUCUGGGAACACUCCAUGGUUUCAUCCCCGCAAACCAGAGCUGACCUCAUGGUUUCAUCACCCCAUAUAUGGGGUCACCCCACAAACGACUUUUGGGACAUCAUCCCAGAAAUGUCCUUUUGGACACGUCCCCAAAGAUGACUUUUAAGACGUAACCACAGAGAUGGCUUUUGGUUCGUGACCCCUGAAGUGUUAUCUGCUAAAUCCUGGAUGCAAACUGCAGAAAUCCUAAGAAAUUACUUCUUUUAAGCAGCA